AUGAGUGCCGCUCCCGAAACCCAGAAGCCAACCAACAUCACUGGUGAGGGAAAAUCAAGUGAGCAGGAGACGACCCCUCUCAGCAAGCAAUAUGACACCCCUCUCGGACUUGCCCACACAACCAUGCAGGAGCUCAAAGACCGUAUCAAGCUUCACUACGACCUAGCAAGCGACUACUACUUGAACCUCUGGGGCGAACACAUCCACCACGGAUACUGGCCCCCCUCCUCCCCCGACCUCCCAAAAGAAGAAGCCCAAAUCAACCUCAUCCGCCUCCUCCUAGAAACCUCACAAAUCCACACCUCCCCCGCCCCAACCUCACCACCCCUCAAGAUACUCGACGUAGGCUGCGGAAUAGGCGGCACCUCCCGCUUCCUCGCCCGCGAGCUAGCCGCCCACGUGACGGGCAUCACCAUCUCCAGCAAGCAGGUCCAAAGCGCCAAAAAGCUCUCCGAUAGCAGCAGCAAGCAGUACCCAGACGGGGAGUACAUCCCCCUCGGCCCCGGAAAAGUCCGCUUCAUCGAGCUCGACGCCGAAACCCUCGGGAGCUACUUCACCGGCCCGGACGACAAGUUCGACAUUGUCUGGAUCUCAGAAGCGCUCUCUCACUUCCCCAAGAAGGAUCUCUUUUUCAGGAAUGCGUUUGAUGUGUUGAAACCAGGCGGGAAACUGGUGCUGGCGGAUUGGUUCAAGGAUGAGGGCUUGACGCAGGAGCAGUUUGAUGCGGAUAUUAAGCCGAUUGAGGAUGGGAUGCUGCUGCCGCCAAUGUGCACGGUGAAUGGAUAUGUGCAGUUUGCGAAGGAGGUCGGGCUGGAGUUUGUGGGGGGACCGAAGGAUAUCAGUCAGGAGGUGAAGAAGACAUGGGAUAUUUCUUGGUCGUUGAUCCAGAACCCGUCCUUGUGGGCGUUUGCUUUCAGCCAAGGCAGAGAUGGCAUUGCCUUUUUGCAAGCAUUCCGUGCCAUGAGGCGAGGGUAUGCCAAUGGCAGCUUCCGGUAUGCUGUCAUGGGGUUCGCGAAACCAUGA